UAAAUGAAAAAAAGAAAAAACAGCAAAACUUGUAAUUGCAAACCCGUUAGCGACAAAAACGACGCCUUUGAUUGAGAUCCGUUUUCGUUGGUGAGCCCAGCAAGCGAUCGCAUCGGAAAAGGGGGUAAGAAAAUGCUUCUAGCUCUGUUAUUCGCCAACUCCCAAGGCAACAUCCUCGUUGAACGAUUUAAUGGAGUACCUGCAGAGGAGCGGCUGCAUUGGCGUUCUUUCUUAGUUAAGCUGGGUUCAGAGAAUCUUAAAGGGGUCAAGAAUGAAGAACUCCUUGUUGCUUGCCACAAGUCUGUAUACAUUGUAUAUACAGUACUUGGAGAUGUAAGCAUUUAUCUUGUCGGGAAGGAUGAAUAUGAUGAACUUUCUUUGUCUGAAGCAAUCUUUGUUAUAACAUCAGCUCUCAAGGAUGUGUGUGGGAAACCUCCAACAGAGAGACUUUUCCUGGACAAGUAUGGAAAGAUUUGCUUGUGCCUCGAUGAGAUUGUGUGGACGGGUUUGCUGGAGAACAUCGACAAAGAUCGAAUCAAGAGACUUGUUAGGCUGAAACCACCAACCGAUUUCUGAGAGAUAUUUGUAGUCUCUAUGUUUAGGCAAAGCUGUUGAGGCUCUAGCAGCGCGAUGUAUGACAAGUCUACGGAGUUGUCAGCAUCUUUCGGAUUUUACUGCAUUGUUGUUGAUUAACAAAUAUAUUGUAUAGUUGUAAAUUGUAAUACUCAUCUUAGUACUACUCUCUUGUUCUACUUGCCUAGAUGAGAAAGGUGAUAUGCUACCCCAUCUAGUUAAGGUGGGCUGUUUAUACAAUCUACAAGUGAAGAUGUUAAAUUUUUUUUCCUUCUGAAUUAUCCCUUCA